CAUCUUUGUGGGUGUGCACCGGAAAUAUUAUAGUAGUACAUAAACGUUCCAAUAAGACACCAUCUCUCUCAGACUGCUGAGUUGAAUACAAACUCGACCUCUAAUGGAAAACCCAGUCGCCGUCGAUCUCGUCGAGUUUCUGAAUGCUUCUCCAACAGCUUUUCACGCCGUCGACGAAGCGAAGAAUCGGCUGAAAAGCGCAGGGUACGGGCAACUUUCGGAGAGGGAUGAUUGGAAAUUAGAGGCUGGCAAGAAAUAUUUCUUCACCAGGAAUCAUUCUACUAUUGUUGCUUUCGCCAUUGGUAAAAAAUAUAUUGCUGGAAACGGGAUCUACAUAAUCGGUGCCCAUACCGACAGCCCCUGCAUAAAAUUGAAGCCCGUUUCAAAGGUUUCGAAAGGUGGAUAUUUAGAAGUUGGUGUGCAACCUUAUGGAGGUGGUUUAUGGCACACGUGGUUCGAUCGAGAUUUAGCGAUUGCUGGUAGAGUAAUAGUAAGAGAGACGAAAGAUGGUUCGGAAUCUUAUUCGCAUCGGCUUAUUAGAAUUGAAGAACCUAUUAUGCGUAUUCCAACUCUAGCUAUCCACUUAGAUAGGGAUGUGAACGAAGGGUUCAAGGUUAACAAACAGACCCACCUUGCUCCGGUUUUGGCUACAUCUGUUAAGGCCGAACUGAAUAAAACAGCUGCUGGGAACGGCUCUGUUGAUGAAAAGACGAACACAAAUCAAAAGCACCAUCCCCUUCUUUUGCAGCUGAUUGCUGCUCAGAUUUUGUGUGAACCAGCAGACAUAUGUGAUUUUGAAUUACAAGCAUGUGAUACUCAAAAAAGCGUUAUCGGCGGUGCGCUGAAGGAAUUCAUUUUCUCCGGAAGACUCGAUAAUCUCUGCAUGUCGUUUUGCUCAUUAAAAGCAUUGAUAGAUUCUACUUCGUCUGAGGAGAGUCUAAAGGAAGAGAGUGGCAUAAGAAUGGUGGCUUUAUUUGAUCACGAGGAAGUUGGAUCUGAUUCAGCACAAGGAGCUGGUUCUCCUGUUACUUUGGAUGCUUUGUCACGAAUCACGUAUUCCUUCAGCUCGGAUACCAAGAUGCUACCAAUAGCAAUUCAGAGGAGUUAUCUAGUGUCAGCUGACAUGGCACACGCCUUGCAUCCGAACUAUAUGGACAAACACGAAGAAAAUCAUCAGCCAAAGAUGCACGGUGGACUGGUCAUUAAACACAACGCAAACCAAAGAUACGCAACCAAUGCAGUAACUUCCUUCUUAUUCAGAGAAAUAGCAGCCAAGCACAAUCUUCCUGUACAGGAUUUUGUGGUCCGUAGUGACAUGCUGUGUGGAUCAACGAUAGGGCCCAUUAUAGCGAGUGGCGUGGGCAUUCGCACGGUCGAUGUGGGGGCCCCACAACUGUCGAUGCAUAGCAUUAGAGAAAUGUGUGCGGUGGAUGAUGUUAAGCAUUCCUAUGAGCACUUCAAGGCCUUCUUCCAAGAGUUCUCCAACUUGGACGCUAAAUUGACCGUCGAUAUCUAAGAUUUCUGGGAUUUGCCGUUUGAUCUUUGAUGCUCAACUUUUUUUUUUUUUUUUUUAUCAAGUUAUUUUUCUGAAUUUCUGCACUUGAAUGUGGCUGGUUAGUUACUCUCGUGGAAAUUUCGAACUAGUUGUUCAAUUUAUGUUAGUACCCUUUAGUCCUUUACUAUCUUUAUGACGGUUAACCUUGACCAUUUCGAUUUCCCUUUAUUCAAGAAAAUAAAUGGUAGUCUCACUUAU